GGGUGUGUACAUGGCCUGCCUGCUGUUCAACGAGGACAGGAUACUGGUGACGUCAGAGGAGCAGCUGCCUAUCGUGGAGGUGGACGAGACGUUCUCGGGGCCCUCUGUGCAGACUGAUCUCUACUGGCUGUUGAAGGGAGAAGACGAGCAGUGCCGGAUCAACCUUCAGGUGCAAACUUCUCCAGGCUAUCAUCGCUCUACAGAGCGGCUUGGGAAUCCAGGAUCUGGGUCAGUUUUUCCACCGUCCUGUGCGAGACAGCCACGGCAGCACGGUCAUCACAGUGGUCAACAACGUGCGCGACCCCAAGCUGGUCACCCUGGGCUCCUGCAAGUGGGUCACCUUCGGCAAACUGGCGCGGCGCCAGAGCCUCUCGUCUGCCGUGGAAGUGAUGGACGCCCACAGUCUCUUGGUCAGCGCGGUUCCUGAGAUGAUCAUGUACAACCAAGUGAGUGGGCUCUGCCUACAGCGUGGUCUCUACCUAGGCUACAUCAAGCUACAGGCUUCAGUGGAGGUUUUGAGAGUGAUGGUACCGAACAAAAUGCCGAGUUGUGUUCCUCAUGUCAAGAUUAGAGAUUGUCCAAAUGUGUCAAGGGAGGAGUGGGAAUGGUUGCAAAAGUCAGCUGAUAGCAGUUCCUUGGGAGCGAACCUGACACAGUCCCAAGAAAACUUUCAACAAAUCCUUUCCAAAGCUGUAAGGAAACUCUUCACACAGUUGGGCCUGUCCGAUGACGUCAUGUCCACUCACCGCCUGUACGACCUGGAAGUUCUGGAGCUGUCCCCCACCGUGGCCAUGAUCCUUGUGCUGCCCUCUAUAGAGGACAUCUGCAUGGUCCCGGGCCACUCAGACAGUCUGGCCACCAAGACGGACUACACCUUCCUUCCCGUGCAGAUCUUCGAGUCGAUCCACAUGAACGCAUACUUGCCGGAGUUCUUUUCCUUGUACGCACGUCUUUCAGCAAUCGUGGAGAUGGAUGGAGUCUUGGCACAGCAGGGACACAGAGAGGCUUUUUCUUCUGAGGAACUGAGCAAGGCGAAGGAGCAGGUUGAAGUAACAGCACACCUGCAGCAAAAUCUGGACCGGGUGUGGAAGUGUGCGCGGUGGAUCAGAGACAUCACGACUUACGCUCGGAGCAGGGAGAGGAAAGCCGGCAUUCAGCUGUCCCACAUUUUAGGGAGAUCGGGGACAUCGUCGUCGUUCUCUGGUAAUAGAUCCUCUCUGAUUCAAAGCAAUGGGACACACCACAAGGCUUCAGCAAAUACCUCUUGGAAUUUUUCUCACAACAACCGGUCAAAUGUGAUAAGCGUUGGCAAAGACAAUCGGAGAAUCGCCAAAUUCUUUGACCCGAACGAAGAAACUCCGCACAGCUCCGACAGUAUUAGUGUUGGUGGAAUGACCACAGGUUCCAUGGAUUCGGAUACAACGAAACCCGGGUCAACCACGUCAGUGCCAUCUACCCCCUCUCAGCAACACCCUCCCUUUCAUCCGAAAUUGUCCCCAUCGUCAUCGGUAUCCUCAUUGUCAACGACAGCAUCUUCAUCCUCGCAACUCUCUCCGGAUCAACCUCAGUCGCCCCCGGACUUCAGCUCGGGCAUCAUCAAAGUCCACGCGCUGUACGAGACGGGGCUGAACAAGAGCGUGAACAUAAAACUGCACAUCACCGAGCACACGACCUCGAGGGACAUCGUGAACCUGGUGGUGAGACACCUCAACACGGUGGUGAAGAACAAGGGCAAGGCCGUGCUCACCUACCCGGAGGAGUCCCUCAACAACUUCUGCCUCGUGCUUAAGUUCCAAGGUCACGAGAAGGUGCUGAGGGACGACUUCAAGCUGCUUCAGCUCAAGGGGCAGCUGCAGAGGGCCAAAGUCUGUGUUACCAUGGUGGACACUAUGUUCUCCGAAUCCGAGCUCGGUGAAGCUACUGUUGUGUAGAUAGAUAGCUUAACUGAUACAGAAUAGACGCACGAUACAGUCGAAAUUGUUCAAGACGGCCAUCCAUUGUCGUGGUGAAAAGUGCUUGUCUUAGACAGGGGGACGUCUUUGACAGUGAUCUUAUAAUAUAUUAAAAUGCAAGGGGGAGGAGUCGUAAGUGGACAUUCGUGCAGGUGGGUGUCUUGGACAGGUGACCGUUAGGGCAAGUUUGACUGUAUGUUGAGAUUCAGGAUUUUAGUGGUUAUACGUUGUUUUAGGCAUCAGGGAAAUUCCUAUAUGUUUGGAAACAGUAGAUCAGAAACCUUCCGAUGUCUUUUGGGUUGUUUUGUUUUAGAUCUGUGUCAAUAUCUUUGUUGUUUUAACAAUCGAACGAUGGUGAUAAAGCAAGAGUAGCUACAGUUCCCUUUCAGAGAUUUUCUGAGAUUUUCUAUGUCGGCUGAUACAUAAGCUAUAUUCUAGGAUAAUACUGGGUUUCGUCAUCUGACCUUGAACAGCUUUCCCUCCUUUACAACAGAAAAGUAUGUACCCACAGACGACGCAGAAAGUUAUUUUGCGGACUCUUGUAGAAACAGUUUCUCUGUCAAUGAUUUUGGCUUUUGAAAAAUUUGGUCAAAUCUUACGCUUGUAUUAUGAUAUCCAAGACUGUGCACUCUGACGUACUUCCGGUUCACCAUGGAACGUACCAUUUGCCUCUAUUUAGAACCAAAUGAAGAGUAAGAAGAUCAAAGUUACGCACGCAUUUGACCUCAGAGAGAAUGUCAUUUUGACCCUCAUGUGCACACCAAUUGUGUGAAUCAGCAGCGCAGCAAAGUUUAUAAAGAGAGGAAAGAGUGGUGACCAUGACUGUAUCCGGUCAAGGACAUUACAUGUAUAAUUAUUCUAAGUCUAUGGGUUGAAUGUAUCUACCAUUUAGUGUUUGGGUUUUUUGGGGGCAAAAAAUUAUUUCUUUAUAAAAUGUGAGGCAGCGUGGUGGAAUCA